AUGGCCACCGUCACAAACAUUUUUGGUCCGCCACCGCCGGGCAUCAAUCUCAGUGACAACAAAACGCCCAAAAAUAAUGGCGUUGUUAUUGCAAUUUUUGCUCUUGCGGUAGUUUCGAUCGUCCUUCGCUUCUUUGCGAGGCUACGACUCCAGAAGGCGAGAAUUGAGGCCGAUGACUGGUUGAUGGCAGGCUCACUGGUUCCGCUGGCUGCGCUACUUGCCUCGACUAUCGUAGGCGGUGAUUAUGGCUUGGGGAAACAUGUUUGGGCCUGCACGCUUGGCGACGUUGUGGGAAUGAGGAAGAUCCUGGUCGCCUACGUCUACAUUUACUUAUUGCUUAUGCCCAUGAUAAAAUUGUCGAUUCUCAUGUUCUAUUGGCGCAUCUUCGGCAUGAACUGGAUGAUCUGGGUCUGUCUCGCUCUCAGCAUUGCCUGGGCUAUCGGUUGUGCGGUUGCCUUCUCGUGCUCGUGCCGGCCGCUGUCCUACUUCUGGUCCCAAUUUGAGGACCCCAAAGGAGGAAAAUGUGUGAUUGACCUGUACGGAUUUUAUAUCGGAAAUGCCGCCGUCAACGUCUUGACCGAUUUCCUGAUCCUUUUUGUGCCCAUCCCGCUGGUCUGGAAGCUCCAGAUGCGCAAGGGCCAGAAAAUCGCCGUGUCUAGUAUUUUCCUUCUCGGUGGAUUUGUUUGCAUUGCAAGUGUCGUCCGCAUCUACUACAUGAGUUUCCUCAACAGCGACCUCGACAUCACCUGGGUCAUGGGCGACGUCUACGUGUGGUCCACUGUCGAACCGUGCAUCGGCAUUCUCUGUGCUUGCCUCCCCACCCUCCAACCGCUCCUCCGCCUGACCCUGAAAACCAUCAUGGGCUCAUCGGCCGGCCGCCAGUUCGGCAGCUCGUCGCGCAAAUGGGCCUCGGGCUUCCGUCGGCGACAGGGGUACGGCUUCAGCGACAACACCCACAACAGCCACGCGUUCCAUCAGCUGGACGACAACGGCCGCAAGCCUAAAAGUUCGCUGAACCUGCGUCCCGAUGACGAUGAGGCCGCGCUCACUAGUUCUGCGCGGGUUGGCCCUGAUACUACGCGCAAGGAUGCCACGAGUAUUGGUGAUGACUCCGAUCCCAUAUCUAUUCGGGUCAAGCAUGAUAUAUACUGGCGGGAGGACCAACCAUGA